GCUGUCACCAGCCCAUCCGCCUUCCGCAGCCGGAACCACGACACUGUCACCAGCCCAUCCGCGUCGCGACGCCUCACACUUCCGGCCCUCGCAUGUCCUCUUUCUUUCUCCCUCUCUCGGUGCUACCCAACUCUUUUUCCCUUUGCUCUUCCGUGAUCUCGUGCCUUUCUCUUCGGUUCCUGAUUCGCCGCCGCGAGAGAUGCCCUUUGAGGUCCCGAUCGCCCGAUUUGGUUCUCCCGCGGUCCCCGGAAUAAUUUGUCCGAAGAGACAGCCUCGAUCCGAUGCUCCUUUUGUGAUGCUUUUAUAGGAGAAGACAUUAUCCACAGCUGAGCUACUUUAAUGGGCCUUGGAUUAGCCGUAUCAUCCUGAUUCUAGUCUCCAUUUGGUGGGGCUUUGGGGAGAUAUUUAGGCUGAGUUUCCUGAGACCAAUUAUUCUCCUUAUCUCCUGGUUUAUCUGACAAUUAUAUAAUCAUGAAGCACUAGUCUAAUGAAGAUAGCCUUGUGAAAGAAGGCAAUAGCAACAAGUUAUGAUGAUCCAGUUCAGAGCAUUUUCAUCAGAGCUUAAGUUGGCUUCCAAAACUGCCUCAGUAACAGAGCGGAUAUCCUCAAGCAACUCGCUAGCAUAAAUCUGAGUCUUGUUCACUGAUGACCAAGGUGUGGAUGUUGGAUCUUUUUUCCUCCGAGGAUAGAUAUGAGGAAGUCACAUUCUGGUGGUUAAGGUGUGUACUGAGGUCUGAGGUAUGAGUUUUGCUGGAAGCAUCUAGUACGCAUGUCAUAUUGAUCUUGAAUGAUAGAGCAAAUUAUAAGCACCAUCUACACUUACUCUGCUCGACACCAUCCAGUAACCAUGUUUAAAAAGCCAGUUGAGGCAAAACUAUCGCAACGCUUGUCGGGAGCUGACAAGAAGAAGCUGAGAAGAACAGCAAAGGACAGGUUUCCACUUGCUUCAGAUGCUAAUAUUGAUGAAAUCCUUCCCCCUAAGGCUGAGAUAACAGUGGCCAAGUAUUCAAACAAGGUUCAUGUAUAUGUUAUCGAAGGUGGGCUCCCAAUGCUUUUUGACAUUGAUGGACGAGGCACUGAGAUAUAUCCUACAGUUUAUGCAUUGUGGAAAGUUCCUGAACUCUUACCAUCCUUUCUGCUCAAGGGUGGUGAGGUCUCUCGUUAUGUGAUUGGAGGUGCUGAUUUGAUGUUCCCUGGCAUUAGUAUACCUCCUGAAGGCCUGCCUUCAUUCUUAGCUGGGCAGCCAUGGGCAGUAAAAGUUCCUGGAAAUCCAGCACCAAUCGCGGUUGGAGCCACCACCAUGAGUAGUUCAGAAGCCCAAAGAGCUGGUUUACGUGGGAAAGCUUUAAGGAUAACACAUUAUUAUCGUGAUUUUCUAUGGCAAUCAGCCGAAGGUCAUUAUGUUCCAAAUGCUGGUUUUUUGGUAGAUGUUGUCAUGGAAGAUCCUAAUCUAUUACUGAUUUCUCAGCCAUCUGAUGUACAUCCAGAUGCUUCAAAUGAUGAAGAUGAUAUUAAUGUGGUAGAAAGCGGACCUAUUGCAACAAAUAUCCAGGGUAGCACAGAUGUUGAUGCUUCAAAAAACUUAGAUGUUGGUGUUCAAACCUCUGAAGAAAUCACUGCUGAUAUAAGUGGGCUAAAGUUUUCAGACAGUGUAACAGCUGAAGUACAAAGUGAUGAGAAGGAACAACAAACUUUGUCUGGGGAAGAAAUUGAUGCCCUCCUGGACAAAUGCCUUUUGCAAGCACUGCAUACAACUGUCAAAGAUAAAGACCUUCCCAUGCCUGGAAGCACUCUAUGGUCAAGCCAUAUACUACCAUGCAGACCUGCAGGCAUUAUUUUGGACAUUAAAAAAUCUUCUUAUAAGAAACUUUCCAAGUGGUUGCAGUCCAAAUCUUCUGCUGGGCUGAUAUCAGCAAAGGAAGACAGAUAUAAAAAAGAGGUCAUGUUACUAGGCGUUAACCGCGGACACUCAGACUACAUGUCAUUUAAGCCAGGGAAGCGCGUUCAAGAGAGUGCCGAACAAAGGCAUGAUAAUUCAGGUGAGGGUUCACAGAUGAAACUCCAACUACAGGUGGUCGAAGUCUACAAACCAAGCACUCAUGUAAAUUCCAUAUUCACAACUCUUGGAGCUGACACUGGAAGUUUUUAUAGUGCAUCAGAUUCCUCGGACAUUGUCUUCAGGUAUGUUGAGAAGGAAAAUUUGGUUAAGCCAACAGAUAAGGCAAUGGUAGUUCUGGAUGCUACAUUGUGUGAUGCUCUCUACAAAGGGUCUGUUAAAAAGGGCUCAGCUUAUCCAACAGAAAUCCACAAGAAGGAUCUAGGAUCAACUUUUUUAAGCAGGAUGCAAGUUCAUCAUAGAGUAUCAAAAGGGAAUGAAGUUGCUGUCCGCAAAGGUGCUGCUAGACCCAUUCAGAUCAUGACAGAACGACGACAAGGAAACAAGAAGGUCACGAGGGUCUCAGGUCUGGAAACUUUCCUACUGGAUGCUGAUUCACUGGCUACGGAACUGCAAAAGAAGUUUGCAUGCAGUACAUCAGUGGCAGAACUUCCAGGUAAGAAAGGACAACAUGAAGUGCUGGUUCAAGGAGGUGUGAUCGAUGACCUGGCAAAGCACCUCGUGGACCACUAUGGUGUUCCAAAGAGAUACAUUGAGGUGUUAGACAAAACUAAGAAGUGAAACAAGGUAAUUAGAGGACCGAGCAAUAUAUAAUUGACAGAACCAGGACGUCACUACUUCUUCUCUCCUGGAUUGUAGGAGCUGCUUGCAAUGGGCUAUGCUGGAGGAUAGCACGUUGAUAUUUGCCAAGUUACAAUAAAUUGAUGAAGAUGCUCUCGGUGAGUUGAUUAGUAAGUUUCCACUCAUUCAAUAUCGAGACUAUUUGUUGUUACAACAAGAGUGAAAAUUGGUUACAUAUCUCAUGGCUGUUGAAUUUUGCCACAACUAAAAGGAUGUCUAUAUUUCUUCUUCCUUUAUUUAGUGACUAUAUAGACAACUGGUUUGGUAGACUAA